GCAGCAGGAACGCACGUGCUUCUCCGCGCAUUACAAGAUCAAGAUGGCAGCCUCCGUAUGUCGGUGCUACGAGCUGAUUGGCAGAAAUGCCUUGGCUCUCAGCUCCCGGACUCUGGUCUCCUCAGUGUGGAGGGGAGAUCAUUACAGGUUGCAGAGGAGCCCAGGUGCAGCUGUGCAGGUGCGAUAUGCCUCAGGACGGAAAGGUUUUCUGGGAGAGUUUGUUGAUAACCUUCGUCAGGAGUUCAGUAAGAAUCAGGAGAUGAAGGAAAACAUAAAGAAGUUCAGGGAAGAGGCCAAAAGGCUCGAGGAGUCCGACGCCCUUCAGCAGGCCCGCAGAAAAUAUAAAUCGAUAGAGGCAGAGACAGUGAAGACAUCAGAGGUGUUUAAGAAGACCUUGGGCUCUCUAUCAGAGACCGUUAAGGAGAGUCUCGAGGAAGUGAGUCGUAGUGACAUCGGGAAGAAGAUCAAGGAAGGUGUGGAGGAGGCCACCAAGACAGCCAGAGGCUCUGCUGAGUCUUUAUCCAAGGGAGGGGGAAAACUGGGCCGGACCAACGCGUUCAAGGCCAUCACACAGGGUGUAGAAUCCAUGAAGAAGGAGAUAGAUGUCGGUGACGCCGGCCCUUACAGGGCUCCUUCUCAGCUGAGGAAGAGGAGCGAUUUCUCAUCUAAAAGUGCAGAUGACGACACCAGAGUGUUCGAGGCCAACGAAGAGGCCAUGGGUGUCGUUCUUCACAAGGAUUCAAAGUGGUCCCAGCAGUGGAAGGACUUCAAGGACAACAACGUAGUUUUUAACAGAAUCUUCGAGAUGAAGAUGAAAUAUGAUGAAAGUGACAAUGCCCUCAUCAGAGCAUCCAGAGCUCUAACUGACAGAGUCACUGACUUCCUAGGUGGUCUCUUCUCUAAGACGGAAAUGUCCGAGGUGCUGACAGAGAUCCUGAAGGCAGACCCCAGCUUUGACAAAGAUUCUUUCCUCAAACAGUGUGAGAAAGACAUCAUCCCCAACAUACUGGAGGCGAUCAUCCGUGGCGAGCUGGAGGUAUUAAAGGACUGGUGCUAUGAAGCUACCUACAGUCAGCUUGCCCACCCCAUCCAGCAGGCCCGAGCUCUGGGGCUUCUCUUCCAGUCUAAAGUGCUCGACAUCGAUAACUUAGAUCUGGCGAUGGGUAAGAUGAUGGAUCAGGGCCCUGUGCUGAUCAUCACCUUCCAGGCUCAGGUUGUCAUGGUGAUUCGCAGCCCCAAAGGAGAUAUUGUGGAAGGAGAUCCGGAGAAGGUGAUGAGGAUGAUGUAUGUGUGGGCGUUGUGUCGGGACCAAGAGGAGCUGAACCCCAGUGCUGCCUGGAGGCUCCUGGACAUCUCUGCCUCCAGCACGGAGCAGGUCCUCUAAGAGGAGGAGCAGGAGCACAGUGGCUCAUCUGGGGGACACAAACUGAGAUACAAACACAUACCUGGAAUAGCUGCACAUCCUUUAUACAUUAAGUUGAACAAAGAGAGAAGAGGGAAACCCUGCUGCUGUGUGAGAGAGUACCAUUACCCCAUUUGUACCCAGAGGAUUUAUGUGCAAGCGUGCAUAUUUGACCACCCUCUGACAUGUAGAUCCAAUUAGCUUUGGAGAUAGUUUAUGACACAUUCAGUUAAGUUUGUCUGUGCAGUCUUCUGUACUGGUACGCUCAGUGUUUUGGAUUGCCUGGAGUAUGUAUAUACUGCAUAACUAAUUAACUUCAGCAUGGAUGGACCUGCAUCUUCACCAGGAGCCUGCAUAGCUCAUCAAUACUGGACGGCUGGUGGGCAGAUUGUAAAUAAUCCUGUUAUGACAGUGGUAAAAAAUGGACAUGCAGUCUGUGAUAUCUGUUGGCCUUUAGGGGGAUGUUUUAUACCUAAAUUACAUUAAUCCUGGUUAAAUAAUGGAGCUGGAAGAUGAAAUUGUUGACUGUGGUGGGGACCUUUGAAUCAUCUGUGCACAGGAGACACUUUAAUAGAGCAGCUUCAGUUUUACUUUUGUGGCCUCGGUGAAUGGAUUUGGGCACAAUGUUGAGACUAGUGCAUUAUGGGUACUGUAGUGCAUGUUAAAAGCAUAAAAAUAUGCUUCAGUUUUUGCAGCAGAUGAACCACAGCUGCCUCCUGUGUAGCAUCAACAGCAUUGAAUAAGCAGCGAUCAACUGAGCUGAGUUUAACAGAGAGAGUAUUUUUUCUCAGUCAAAGCAAACCGGCCUUUAAAGAAUUUUUUUUAGGGCCUAAUAUUAAAAUAUGAAUUCUCAAAAUCACCGUGAAAGAACGGAUGAGAGCUGCAAGGCCUUUAAUGUUCUUCAGUGUCAGUGUUUGGUUUGUUUUGGUUUCUGCUUUGCUCCUGCUGGUUUUUACAUAAGAGUAAUGGUCAAAUGAAAAAGUAAAACAAGGAUAAAAACAUACGACGUCCACCCUGUCAUGACAAGACUACAGUUUACUGGGACUUGAAAUCAAAUUGAGAAAUCGAGGUGAUAAAGCUCCCAGGUGGACUCGUAUCUACUUAUUAGUGUAAGCUUAUAUUCAACGUCGUCAUGCUUGUGAGCCGAAAUGGGACCACCUUACCUUUUCCAGUCAUUGAAGCAGCUUUGAUGUUUGAGGAAUCGUUGCACAUUUUUCAGCAGAACUGUUUGGUUUACAUUUACGUGGCUUUGCGAGACAUAAAUGAUGACGAUGAUUGACACGUAUAGAUAUCGUUGUUCAUGUAAGUAAAGAUUACACACAUUCUGAUCGUACUGUAACGUUACAGCUUCAUUCAGUUCAUAAUGAAUGUCUUUAAGCUUCAUGUUGUACCUCCUCUGUAAAGACGCUCUGAGUUUGUGGAUGUGUGUGUUCUUUAAGCACAGCACUUUCCAUUAAAGGUCAAACCGCACGA